GCGGGUCUUGCCAACGUUGCAGGCUCGGAGCGGAAGUAUGAGCCUCAUUGCGCGAUCUCUAUUCACUUUCGUUCGCAGAUUCUGGCAAGCUGAGUCGAUGCAGUCGCGAUAUUUUGAACGUUACGUCGUCAGCGUAGCGCACUCUUUCUAGGUACAUCUUCUUCUUCACGUACAGGGUUGAUACUGGUUAGUAGUGGCGUUCGAAUCUUCAUUUUACAGUACGACUCCUGCUUUCAAUCUAAGUACUACUGCUUGUUCUUCUAUGGAACUUGCUAGUACCCUGCAUGUUGGCUCUUGGUGAUCAUGUUGACGCUUCCCUCUAAGUGGGCCUUAGUGUAUUUGACUAAGGGCCGUAGCGUUUGCGUAGUUGAUCUUGAUACAGUUACAGCAUAAUAUUAAGGAUAAUGAUAAAUUGAAGAGAGGAGGUAUUAAUAUCUAUAUCAUAUAUUGAUUAUAAUAACCUCUGUUGACUCGUCUAAGUGUCUAUGGCUUAUGACGCUACGGCACUCAAUAUUGCGCAGGCUUCUGCAGUGGCAAAGUACAUGAAAACUACCUUCGAGGAAGUCCGCUACGAGAACAUGGCCUUAACUUUAAGGCCAAAUUUUAGAUGAAAAAGCAAUCAAUCUAGUGCAACAAGUACAACCAGCAGUAGGUACUGAGCAAACUAGAAGUUCUAGUAGGUAGAACAACACCAACAGCACAGUACUGAGCAAUCUAGAGCAGGUUCUAGAAGGUGCAACAACUACAGUACUGAGCAAUCUAGAGGUUCUAGAAGGUGCAACAACUACAGUACUGAGCAAAAAAUCUAGAGGUUCUAGAAGGUGCAACAGCUACAGCACUGAACAAUCUAGAGGUUCUAGAAGGUGCAACAGCUUCUACAUCUAGUUGUACUAGCGCUAAGCAGCAGUGGAGCUCAGGCUUCUAUUUCGCAGUUGUUAGAAAAGGAUCCGGAAACUCUCGUCGCCUCCAUAUCAAUUAUGGAUCUAUCAUCAACUUGAUAAUCUAUUCGAAAACUCAAAAUAACCGAGUUACUGACUGAAAUAAGAGAGUCUUGACUACGUUUCUCUCCUUUCAGUAUCUCCCUUAUUUUCAAUAGUUAGUUACUCGCUUAUUUCAGUUUUUCGAAUACUUACUUUCGUGAUAUUCUGAACUACAACUACUACUUUUCUACUUGUGAAAAUAUAGAAGCCCCCCUUGCAAGGACACGUGAUUACAGUUUUCUGACUGCAGCUUGAAAAUGGCUACUAGCCAGUCGUGUUUGAUAACUCUCAAGAAAUAAGGUUGUAUGUGGCUUUUUGACUGCUCUCGAAGAGGAGUAGUAGCUCAACUCCUAGUAUGUGGAGCUGGAAGGUGAGUCUUCAGCUCGUAAGUAACAUCUAUCCUAUCAGCGCCUACAAUCCUAUCCUAUCCUAUCCUAUCCUAUCCUAUCCUAUCCUAUCCUAUCCUAUCCUAUCCUAUCCUAUCGUAGCUCUCAAGAACGCUGUACUUGCCACUUCUCUAGUACGGGUGACAAAAUAUUUACUUCCACUAAUUGUCUGUGUACUACUACUCUCGCUACUACUACCUCAUCUAACAAAAGACGCGACAAGAAAAGUGACGGGGGGAGGCUCCAGACUAACAACCUACAAACAGCCCUGCUGCCGCAUAAACGAGUGCGGCUUUUUCACAGAGGGUUGACUCUCUUGGCUGCAAAAAGUUUCUACUUCGACAACAGUUACACAGCAACUAAAUCUAAAGCUACGAUUAAUGUUAAUGCAUCCGAUACCCGUAAUGCUGAUCCCUCAACCUUCGUAUGCAUCCGAAUAGGAAUACAAGGGGAAUGCUGAGGCAUAUCGAUUCUUGAGGGAUCAUCUCCACAUGGACGAGCUCCUCGGGAGAGGUCUAAUGGCGAUCAAGGUGGUGUAGGCCAGCCUAAGGGGCAGCACAAAUGCAGUUUCGAUAGUCAAUCUUUGGAUGGCCCAGAGGCUUUUCUAGCUGGUCACGCGGUCGGUGUCCGAGGUCUCCGAGCUUUCUUUAUCCGCGAGGAUAUUGAAAAUAUCUAUGAGGAGGACAAGAGAGGAGCUCAGACGAAGCCGAAGGUUUUUUUCCCAUUAUGGUCCGUCAACACUCAAUAUUUAGUGUCCGUCUUUUUCGGUAACUACGGCGUCUUUUCGCUACGUCUAGUCCCAACAAUACAAGGGAACAGGUACUAUCGAGAUGAGAGGAUCAUGAGUCCACCUAUCUUGUUCUGCAAGGGAAGGUAUUAGUACUAUUCACCAAUGAUUAUAGAGAUGGAGAGGAUGAUCUAAUACCAGCACUUCGCACAGCAGUGGGGCACUUCUACAAUGGGGCUGCAGAGUUUAUCAACCUGAUUCUGCACGAUCCGAAAAAUCUACCAUUAAGGCUUGGGAGUUGACAUCUCUAUGCGCGUCUCUAGGGGUAUCUCAAGUAGGAAAGCCAUGCAUAGAUAUGCGAGCUAGAGAUGCCAACUUUCAACCUCUAAUACCAUUACCUGUCCCGAGAGGAAAGCAGCCUCAGCCUUUCUUUGACGGUAGCUGCUGUCAGCCCAAAAGGGCUUCGAAACAAGUUAAGGCAGGCAAGAAAGCGGCAAGUAUUGGCAUUCAAUAUUCUUGCUUCAAAGGCUUCAGAGGUUCCUCUAUCGGUCCCCUAAGUAAUCUAUUACGAUUCAAGAGGUGGGGAAGAAGGCUUUCACUGUUGUAGGAUUAUGAUGUAGCUGCAUCUCACAUGACUGGUCAGGCAAGACGGAUCUGGGAGGUGAGCUGCUCUAAAUAAAAAAGUCCACAGGUCACGGGCGGAAAUGAAGUUAAGGCCUCUGCUGGUGCUAAUGAUAUAAUUGUUCGAAACUACUCAUCUACGACACAUUUUUUCGUUUGAAGAAGUGAAUCGAUGUUGGUCUUCUUCGGUUUAUUCAAUCAUUAUAUAUAACAGAGCAGUUUAUAGCACGCAUGGUGCAUGGGGUGCAUGGAGUGGCAUGGAGUGCAUGGAGCACCUGCGCCAUUCCCGCGCAUGGAGCACCUGCGCCAUUCCCGCGCAGUGGCACCUGAGCGCAUUAUAAAUAUAGGUACAUAAUUUGUCUACGCUUCCGGUUCCGCAUGCCUGGCGUUCGCUACUUCUCAUCAAGUACAAGUAGUUCGCUAGUAUUGUCUCAUCGAGUUCUCUACUUCUCCUCGAGUUAGCUACUUCCCCUCUAAAGAGAAGUGCAGUUUUGGUUACCUAAUGGCAUCGGUAGCUGUAGAGUUGGUAGAAACUGUUGGCUGCCCACUACCCGAUAAAGACGUACCACACAAGAGAAACGCCGUUGGCUAUUUUGCAAAGGAGAACGAGAAGCCGAAGACGGGUGAGAAAGGAACUUUUGCUUUAAGGCGGCCACUAGCUCUAGCACUAAGACUAUAUUAACCGAAGUGUCACACUCAGUAGAUUAUCCACACUCUUGUAGCACUUAGUAUUAUUCAUUAUCAAAAUUAAGUUGAACAAGAUGGUUUAUCACUGUGAUAAACCAUCUUCAACUUAAUUUUGAUAGAUAAUAAUACUUUUAUAUAUUAAGUAAGAGUAGCUGUAGCUGUAGCAGUUAUAGGUAAAAGCAGUUUGCUUUCCUUGAUUGUUUCCUAUGAUAGAUUACUGAUAUUAUUUGAGGUAAAGGCUAUUCGAAGACUCAAUAAAGUAAGCGAGUUCGAGUUACUGACUGAAGUAAGAGAGUCUUGACUACAUUCCUCUUCUUUCAGUAUCUCCCUUAUUUUCGCUAGUUACUCGCUCACUUUAGUUCACCGAAUAGGCAACUCGUGGCCACCUGUAAGAUAUUGAGGCAAUGCUAGAACACUGAAAACCAAGAAAAACUAGACCCGCAGGGGAGCCAAGCUGGGGGCGGUAUCCUCCUCGCGAUACCUGCGAAGGUUGGAGCAAGUCCACUCAGUUUGAUGAUUCUCAUGCACUGCAGUCCCCGGCUCUUCCUCAUCAUAUUCGCGGGGGCGUGCGCUAGGGGCCUCGGCAUUGGUCUCGAUCCCUUGAGUCAUUCGAUCUCCAUCAUGACCCCCCUGGGGAUGAUCUUAGUGCUGUGAGCUCGAUCCGGUUGGCACGUGGCUCCUGAUCUUGAUCGUGGCCGUGUAGUUUUGAUUUGGCUGAUCUCAUGCCUGAGAACCUUUGGCCUCUUGAUGUUGAUCUUGUCGCUAUCACUCUGCCCAACAGGUAACCGCUGCAUUUUGAUUUAGAUGCUUUUUGAUAGGUUGCGCCUCGCUUCAUUACAUAGGAAUGCCUGCUCUUCUAAUUUUUGUCCUGAGGAUGGAUGCGUCACCGUCAUCUGCAAAGACGGUAGCAGCGAGUCAAGCGCCGCUGACCGAUUUGAAGGGGGUGACGAGCGCAGGUUUUCCGGCGUCAACGAGGGGUGCUCGCGCUUUAUGGAUGAUCAGCACGCUGAUCAUUAUAGUCUAUCUACUGGAUAUCACUGUAGUUUAAAGGUUCACGGUGAUCACUCAUCUGAACUUAUUCACCGUUCUAAAAUUUUGAAAAAUAGAUCUUAUACAACAGGAUACUUGUUGAUAGUUACCCUUUUCGCUUUUCUAUCUUCCUCUGGUCUGUCUUUUUUCUAGUUAGGUCGGCUCCACCACAACUUAUACAACAGAUUCCAUGACACAAUUAAUCGUCCACCUGUGCUCCUUUUUUAGGUGGAUCCCUUCCUAGUAUCCUUUCCUAUCCUAUUCUAUGAAAUGAGAUCCAACAGCACGACCAUUUCGAUCUUGUUCUAAUACCAAAAAGCGACAGAGCCAGCAGCUUUUUGGAGGCCAGCAAAGGUUAUGAUGUGCCAGAAGGAGAAGACGAGGACGACAGCGUUUUCUCUUUGAAAAAGACAGCUGCUUUAAGCGAAUUGUAGAUGGCGUGAGGAAUCACCAACACGCACUUUUUUAGCAAUAGCAGCUUCGUUAAUAUUCAAUUUGAUGUGGGCCGCGGCCUCCUCCUACUCCGUCGCUCUAAGACUUCGAACUACAGGAAAACAAAGGAAAACAAAUUUAAGGCACUUUCUAGGCAAAGGACGGUCCACCUUGUACUUAUAUUUUGGUAGUCACUUGUUUUCAAGAAUAGUCACAACUAGGAGAAGUAUUUGUAUUGAGUAUUUCUUUUUCUUAUGCUGUCCGUCCAGGUCCUUUACCUAAUCAUCCUCGGAGUCGAGCCAGGGGGUUCGAUGUGCAUGAUUCACAACCUAACCUAGCCUGUCCGUUGAAAGUAAGCCUAUAACUGCAUGCAAGGACAAGGUCUAGAGACAUUUAACAAGUUGCCUUCUUGAAGGAAGUAGUGCUUCAUCGAGCGUAGUGGCUGACUUUCCGAACCUGACACUGCCUAAUGUAAGGCGUGAAAAAAGUUCAAUGUCAAGCGUGAGACGCAUUGAUAAAGUGAAAGACGAGAAGAUUGCGUAGUUCUGCGCAUAAUUAUAUCAACAAAAUUCUAAUUCGCGCAUCCGGACAUCGUUAAUGAGGAAGUGGCGCUCAAAUUCAUCACCGCCUCCAUGGUUAUGGCGUAAGCUUGAGGACCACGCAGGAGCUGCUUCUAAGUACUUAGCACUUUUUUCUACAUGUAAACGGUGGAUGACAUCAAUGAGGAUAGUGUUCUCCCGCUACGACCACGAGUAAAACAGUGAACAUCUUCUAAUGGAGAUACUUCUAGAGGGUAGAUGAAGAUGAUCUACUACUAAAACUAAUACGUUAUUCACACACUGACACUCCUCUCUAACUUGGCGAUGUUGGAGUCAGAAAGUUUGAUCGCACAAGGCAAUGGCAACCUCGACAAAGGGAAAAUAGAGAGCCACGUGAAAUGGAGUGAAUUCUACUUAUGAAGACCAUCGUAUUUUUCUUUUUGAAAUGGGGGAUUCCUAUGGUGAUCCAUAUCCACCCUUGCAGAGGAACGGAGUGAAUUCUUAUCGGGGCCGCUGUAUUCACAUUGUGGAUUUCUCCUCGUCAUGUACUUUUACUAGUUCGUCAACGUUGUAUUCAUAUGGUGGAUUCGUCAACGCUGGCCCAACAAUAGUGACCACUACACGCAUCUGCUGCUCAUUGAUUCUUUUACUUACCUUCUUCUGAUGAUCCAUAUCCGCCCUCCCUAAGUUCUGCAGAGAAGCUAGACGUGUUGAAGACGCGGAUGGGCAAGCUGCUUGAGCGCGAGACCGCCUUCUUGGGGAAGUUGUUUUAAGGAUGAACCAUCAACAAAGAUUUAUACUUCUUACUAUAGCAUACCUAAGUAUACCAUUUUCCCUCAACUCUCAAGGAGUAUAAGUACUUCCAUACAAAGGAAAUUAUAAAACUACACUGGAUCACGAUCAUAUCUUUUUUAUGUAGAUGUACUUACUAAACUACGUAUACAACAAGGGGACAUAAACUAUAAUACCAAAUCUACUUACUGCAUAGCGAAAAACUACACCAGAAGGAGAUAUACAGACUUCACAGGGAAGAUUGCCGCGAUGGAUUACUCAAUAUUGAGUCAAAAACUCUAAAAUACUACCUUUUCUCUAAAUAUCAAGUUCUUAGCUCUAAAAAAGCGCGAUACCGUCAAACGUCGAACCAGGAGCAACGUCCUUUCUUGAGACUUCGCGAGAACAGUUACGAGCGGCUUAAACUACACUUGAACGCGACUCUAGCUGCUUAGAAGAAGUUGAAGUGUAGUCUAAGCCGCCCUUAAAGCUCCCACACUUUAAUACGGCAACCGCCUUUAUAUAUAAGGUAAGUUAGAGGGAUCUUCUCCAUAAAAGAGUUGUAGUGCGCAAAAUGUUAAUUUUGCGUGAAGACCGCGGGGAGGUUGCUCUCCCCCUCGUACAUCAAAACAAUUAUACAUUUCAGGUAGAUCAAGAAUAGGUAAAUCCUACAUAAUAAGAACUCUCUCUCAAUCUACAGUUAAGGGCGGCUUAAACUACACUUCAACACGGCUCUAGCUGCUUAUAUUCAUCUUGCCUAGAAGAAUACUAGAUCAACAUACUACGGAAGUUGUUCAUGAAUUAUUUUCUUAUUUUUGCAUUUCCAUAGCUAGGGCGAGGCUGGCACCCCCAUCGUGGUCGUCGUGGUGUGGUUUUAUAAAUAGUAUGGGUGGCGGCCGUGCAGCUUAUUGAGGCUCCUCAUCUCCAUCAAUGAGAAAACAAAUCUUCAGAAAGACGCAUGCAGCAACAUGAUACGCACGUAGCUAGUAUCUAUUACCAGUGCCAACGCGACAAUAUGAUACGUACGCGACACCACUAGCAUCCUUUUCCAAUACUAUCUGAUACAGGUGGGAAUUCUUUGGCAAUUUGCCGAGUAGAUUCAAGUCGCCACCAAAUCUAUUUCGUAUAAUUUCCUUCAAUCUUCACAAUACUAAUCUCAACACGUCCACCAGCCACGCGUUCCGGUUCCCCGCCAACGUCGACUGAUGUUUCCAUCGGCGCCUGGUCGAUGGCGGACGCCAAAAGGAAAGCCGAAAUGGAGAAAAAAGCAAAAGAAGAUAGAGAGAAGGAUUAAGGCUUCCGCAGCUAUAGUUCGUUAUCAUUUCGGGUGGAUUCAGUUUAAGAGUAUCUUGUUCUCACAAUGCAAGAUUUGAAAUCUCAGAGGCAUGAUUGUCCCUCAGCGAGUACUUAUUGAUAUGAUAAGUCGGGAAAUUGAUAUGCUAGGGCAUUGCAUCCCCUCGACGAGCAUCAUCAUGCAUAGUAUGAACAUCAGACGGAAAACUCCUUAUUCUCAGCUAGACGCGUCGAGGAUUAAAGUCAACAAGGAUGCUAAUCCACCUAUUUACUCUAUUGAAUGAGUAGUCUAGUACCUCUACAGUCAUUCCACGACCCUUUCUAAGACGAGAAAAAAGCCGAGCGGGAUCGGGUCCUACAAGCCAAAAAAUUACGGCUCAUAGCAUAGGUUGUCUCCUGUGUCUCCAAGGAGAGUAAGAGGCGGUCUUCUCUCUUUUUCCUUUUUGGGAAUUGAACAAGUGAAGAAAUGAUCCUGGCCGUGACCUGAAUCAUGUAUCAGCACUUCAUGAGAUUAUGUUGAUCCCGAUUAUAGCAGGAUGAUGGGUGUGGGUUUGGAUGGAGGCAUAUUUCUUUCAAGGUAUAGGGGUCAGCUCUAAGACGAGCACAAUACGGCUCCAAGUCCAUGAUCAAUCCCACCCGCCCCCCGACUGCUGGUGGAUUUUAUCUUAAGAGUAGUAGAUGCUUCAAGUACUAAAACUAAGGGGUAGUCGAAAAUCAACUGGAGGAAAAUAUGAAACCCAAGGAAAAUUUUACACGACUCAAGAAAAAUAGUAGACCAAAGGAAAUAUUGAAUAUGAAAAUCAAUGAAAAUAUACUCAAGGAGAAACUCAUCUCUCGUCAAGGAAAUUAAAUGAAACUCAAAGACAGAUAUUGAUUUGAGUCUCUCCUCGUCUAAUUGUCAGUCUGCAAGGCCCGGCACCGGCAGCCGACCGCAAAGAAAGGGUGAUUAAGGCUGCUUCCUCCGUCGAUUGGUCAUAGUCAUACAAAGAUGUCAUAGUCAUCUUGCUAGAUGAUGAAAUAGAAAAAGAAACUCGUCUUGGUCUUCUUGUUCUUCGGUCCCAAGAUGAAGGUGGAGCGUUAAUCUCGCUAAAUAUUUUAAUUAAGUAGUUACUCGCUUAUUGUUAUUUCAGUUUUUCGAAUACCUAUGGGCAGUAGGAUCACGAUCACCAUCAUCAUCAAGAAGAAUUUUGUGCUUCUGCUUCGUUCGGUGCAGAAUAAUUUGGAUUUGUUUGCGUUGAUUCUAAUAUAGAAAAGAUCGUGUGUUUAAUCCACCUUCUCGCUUUCUGACUUCUUUCUAGGUCCACAGAACAGAUCUACUCUAUUGAUUCUAAUAUAAAAAAGGUCCUGAGGGAGUUGGUGGAAAAGCGAUGAUUCUUCAAGAACGUCCUGCCGCGACAAAAGGUAGAACAGGAACCACAGGUCAAGCUAAGGACUUGAAAUACCACACUAAGUAAGGUAACGGUAAUGUUCGUCUGAAGAUGAAUCGUCUUACUAAGAAUUAUUCACCUAGAAAAUUGUUGUUGUCACUAGAAAUAAUUGCUUAUCAAGAACAUCUGAAAGAAUCAGGAGCUUUUAAGGGCUUAUUCGGUUUUAGGGGCUCCGGGCUUAUAAUUUAUUAGGGUUUUAAUUCUAAUGCUGCAGUGGGUGUGGGUACAAGGCCUUCUAGUGCUGCAGCAGGGGCAACCUCCGCAACAGGUGAUGAGGCUAUUCAAAGCGGUCAAAAAGAAGCAGCCAUGGCAGACGGAGACACCAAACAAGCUGCGGCAGAGGGAGAACAAGCUGCAGCGGAUGGAGAACAAGCUCCGGCAGAGGGUGGUGAAGCCACUGAGUUAAGACGUCAUCCGGUAUCGGCACCAGUAUUGAUGUGCUCCCUAUCAAAUGAGUCGUAAAUCACGAGUUGAUAGGGAGCACAUCAGCAAAUGCUCGGUAUCAAACUGAGUAAACUAUUCCAACUGAUAAAGUAGUAUAAUAUUCUACUUCCACUUCUACUCAAUUCCAACUGAUAAAGAAGUAUAUUCUACUUCCACGUCCACUAAGGAGACGAAUUCUAGCUCUUCGUCUAACAAGUAUCUCUUCUAGUAACAGUAUAGCCAUGUUGUGACAAGUAGUCCUUCUAUCUAAUAUAUUCAAAAAUAACUUAAAAUACGCGCGUUACUGACUGAAAUAAGAGAGUCAAGUUGACUACAUUCCUCUUCCUUCAGUACUGGCUCCCUUAUUUUCAGUACAACUGGCUCGCCUAUUUAUUCAGUUUAUGGUCGAUGUUAUCUAAUACUAAUUCUAACGGAACAAGUAGAGGAAGUGCAAGUGGAGGAUCCAAAUGCUAGUUGCUUAGGGGAAUUGCAGCGCGGCAUCAAGGCCAUAGACCUAUACCUCAAAGCAGUAGGAGUUGUAGUCCAAGAGCCUGAGGAUGAGGAUGAAGUGGAAGGAGAUGGCGAAGAUAAAGGUGGUGAUAAUAAAGAUGCACCAGAAGAAGAUGAGGAUGAGGAAUUUUCUACCGAAGAUGUUAAGGCUGCUGUUGACUGUCUCCCAUCCUCAGAAGGAGACCACAAACCGUGAAAGAAUUCGUAGUUCGUAGUCGUAGACAAGUUUAUUGACCAUAUAUUUAAUCUGGUAAUGGUCUGCCAUAGAAAAAAAAAAAAAGAUCAUGUUAAGAAUCGUGAAAGAAUUCGUAGUUGUUCGUAGACAAGUUUAUUGAGCAUAUAAUUGAAUGGUUCUACGUUCAUUCACCAUAUAAUAAUCUGGUAAUGGUUCCGGUAUUUUUGGUAUAGCCUGAAUUUGAUCAUAAGGGAAAACAAGAAGAGAACCCUUAGGAUCAAGUAGUAGGUUUUUGGCCCGCCGAUAGGAGGGCCAAAAUGGUGCUACUCGUGGCUUUCCCCCACUAGCAUCCGGGCUCUUGCCCCCCACAGGAGCUCCAAGAUGAUGCGCCAGGUAAUGGUCUCCCAUAGAAAAAAAAAAGAUGUGCUGAGUGUGAAGGCUGACAUGAAUCUUCCUACAGCAUCUACAUUUGCUUGAACAUUUGCUUCGGGGCCGCUCUAAUACGAAUGAAAAAGAGGCUUCCGAGGUGGCGACAAUCUCAACUAGUGGGCAAGGAGCACAGGUACCCUAAGCUGGUACUGGUGCUGCGAUGAAAUACCACUCAAAAAAUUUUGACUUAGUUUGACAGAUGGAAUAAGCCAGUAGAGUCAAUUAAACCAGUAGAGUCAAUUAAAACUUUAGAAAUCAAUCGAGUAGAUGAAUCUCGUCUUUAGUAGUGAAGGUACUUUUACGGAGAAAUCAUAACAAAACAAGAUAGUAACACUCACCCCUGCAACAUAGACGUUUCCCCUCCCCGAACAUGUUUUAUUUUCCCCUAGAGUGGAGAAACUACUACUACUACAAGUAACAAACACUUCUAGGUCAUCAAUAUCACUGACUCGACAACAAUUCGAAUACUACCAGAAACACGACAAGAUGAUGAAGGAUGAAGCACAAAGUGGUAUAUUUCACAUUAGGGAAAUUAUGUAAACGCAAAUUAUUAACAGAGUCAGAGUCAUUCGAUAGAAGAAGUAUUAGAAUUAGAAGAUUUCUCGUAGAAUUCAAACGUCGUCAAGAGUAUGUUCAAAGGGAACUACAAUCGAAUCAACAAGAAUCCGAAUGUAAAUAGCAAUAGAAAUUUGACGCAAGCGAAAUAUCGUUUUUUUUGAUUAGGACAUCAGUGUGUCGUCACCGGGAUGCCAAGUGUCGAUAGGUGAACAAGAAGCAGAUUGAAUGAAUACCAUUAUUCAAACUGGAGGUGGCAACCCAACUAACGUAUCAUCACAAAAAGAGCUUCACUUUUUCAAAAUGUAGUACUUACUUACAUGGAAUUCAACGAAAUUAACUAUUGUCGAUUUUGAUAUUUUCAAGUUUCCGAUCUAACAAUGACGAUCGAUUCAUAGCAGUACUGGGAUAUUUUCCUUUGAGGGUAGCGGCAGAGAAAAAGGUGCAUAAUUAAUCGACGCAGAAGUAUGCGUAAGUGUAGGGAAUACUCAGUUUUUGUUUGUACGCGAAAGGAUUUCUUCAACCGCGAUGACGCUGCAAAAAGAUUCAAAUGAGCACAGAAUCAAUAAACUCAGCUGCUACAUCAACAACAUUCAUCUUUUCCAUCCAGC